CUUGGCGAAUGAUUGACACUUUGUCAGAGAGCUGAGAAACAGGAUUAAAGUACACUGCCAGCAGAGGAAAUGGAGUGCAAGGUGAGCUGUGCACCCAGCCAGCCGUGACUGUACCAUCUCCAGCGGGGCAGGAGCUUGCUGCUGUCUGCAUUUGGAUUUGAAUAGGGUACCUUUUCCCAAUGGCACAAGAGAAUGAGACACCGAAAGACAAAAUACCCAGAAUUGAUGUGUAUGGUUUUGAAAGGCCGGAAGAAUUUGAUUAUGCAUUCUAUGAAGACUUCUAUUCCAGAUAUCUCCCUAUUCUCACAAGAAGAGCUAUAAAGUGGUCCAAACUACUAAAGAAGUCUACAGCGGUAGAAAAAAGCCUGAAAGUUAAGAGGUAUAUUCGAAAAGGCAUUCCAAAUGAACAUCGCUGUAACAUAUGGAUGAUUGUGAGUGGAGCACAGGUCCAAAUGGAACAGAAUCCUGGGUACUAUCAAAGCAUUCUGGAUGAAGGGAAUGAGGAUGCAAAACUAAAGGAUGCAGUUAUUACUGAUCUAAAUAGAACAUUUCCUGACAAUGUUCAGUUUCGUAAAACUGCUAAUCCAUGUUUACAGAGCAACUUGUACAAUGUCUUAGUGGCUUAUGGACAACACAAUAGAAGAGUCGGCUACUGUCAGGGUAUGAAUUUUAUCACAGGGUACCUACUUCUUGUUACAAAAGAUGAAGAGAAGUCAUUUUGGUUGCUAGAUGCUCUCAUUGGGCGUAUUUUACCCGACUACUACAGCCCUGCAAUGAUUGGUCUUAAAACAGACCAGGAGGUACUUGGAGAGUUGGUGAAAAUGAAGGUCCCAGCAGUUGCUGAACUGAUGGAGAGACAUGCAGUGAUGUGGACAUUGGUGGUCUCCCGCUGGUUUAUUUGCUUAUUUAUAGACAUUCUUCCAGUAGAGACUGUCUUGAGAAUAUGGGACUCUCUGUUUUAUGAAGGCUCCAAAAUUAUCUUCCGUGUGGCCUUAACACUAAUCAAGCAGUACCAAGCCUUCAUACUGGAAGCCCGAAAUUUCCCUGAAAUUUGUGAGAAGUUCAAAGAAAUCACCAAAGGAAGAUAUGUUACGGAAUGCCACGUAUUCAUGCAGAAAAUCUUCACUGAGCCUGGAAGUUUAUCAAGCGUUACAAUUACCAAACUUAGAGAAAAACACAAGUCAAAAUUACUUACUCAGGAAUAAUAGCAAGCAGCUUAUGAACACUCAUUUAUGAAAGAUACAUUCCUUUGAUAAUUGCACUGAUUAACCCUAUAAAUGACUGAUGAAGAAACAAUGGAUUUCUAUGGGUAAAGGGUUAAAGAAGCCACUGACUUUUGGAGACCAACCUACCUGUCCUGAGGUGCUUCGAAUACUUUUGUACUGUACUUUUCAACUGUUUUGAUGACUGACAAAUUUAACACUACUUUACAACCAAAACCUAUGGACAAG